AUGACUUCUCCCGCCCAGGGCCGAGCGGGACGGACUGUCAGACUCUUACUGACUAAAAACCCCCCUGUUUCUUCUCCUGCUCUGGGCCGGGGUCGUGGUGCCUCAUUGCGCUUACCCCGCAACUUUAGGGCCCCGUCUGUGGUGGUCUAUUGGCUCUUUGAGGCGCGCGCGGAACGCUACGCGCCGUACGCUCGGGCCUGGUUCUGGUCGGGCGGCGACCUGCCCUUACUUGCCGACCACAGACCCGUGCUUACGGUGGCCGGAGAUCGUCCCUUGAUUCCCGACGCCCGUAGUGUCGCCAGUUGCGGCGGCUGGGGCGUAUACUUGUAUAUAUUCGUUUUUUUAUGGUAUAAGUCGGCAAACGAGCAUACGGAUUACCUGAUGCCGAGCUUGCGGGACAAGCGCUAUCAGGAGAAGGCACGGGUUGGUUUCUAUACAGUCGGCGACAACAAGAGGCUGUGUGACACUGCGGGCUGCGGGAAAGGGACAGAGAACAAAUUGUUAUUGCAGAUCAGCGAAGCCGAACAAGUGACAGACUUUGAAAGGAUUCUUAAUUCUAAUGCAAUACUGUGCCAGCGAGUGCGCAGUCACGUGUGGCAUGGAUGUGCCACUCCGCAGAAGCGCUCAGCGUCUGUGUUGCCGAGACCAAAGUCAGCUUAUUCUCUCUACACCGUAAGUCAGGCCUACCACUAUUUGUUUCGUCAACACGAAGAAUCCUUAGAACCGCUCAUUGAACAAUACCGUCAGUCGGUCGCUGAGGAACAGAAACCCCCAACCAGCAUAUUAGAAAAGAACUGGUUCGAAAAUCUUCAGGAUUUGUCUGAGUACUACGAGGACGACGAGGAAUUACAAGAAGAAGUUGAAGCUAUCACAGACCGUAUAGUUGCGGAAGAAGUUAAAACUGUAGAAGAGCAUUAUCAAGCAGGUAAAAGGAACAAGAAUUUCAAUGUUAACUUAGCCGACCUGAUAAGUUUGAAUAUACACGGAGAACGUUUAUCUCCAAGUCGAGAAGACCACGGCCCUUCACCGGACAUAGAAAAGACAGACGCGGAAAACGAGGAGGAAUGGCUCGCACCGAGUAUGAGCGCAAACUCCGAUGACCGCGAUACUCAGCACGAUAACAACGUGAACUGUUUGGCACAAAACUUAGAUUCUGUGAAAAUAGACAGUGAUGCAAAAGUUCCGACGAUAACAUUCAGCAAUUGUUGUGACGGUUACGCUAGGAGCGACCUUCCGAACAAUAAAGACGUUGAUAUCCAUUUAGCCGUGCCUGCUAUUGACAGCAUUGACGAGGCUCGCCCUCCGAUGAUAACGUUAACACGGUCGAGUGCUGUUAGCCAAAAAUCCGUCGAAAUAAUGGUUCAUCCGGAAGGCUCGAACAAUCCACUGCACAGGUCCAAAUUAGCUCCAACUAGGUCUUCCUCUGAGACGCAAUCUUCUGGCAAGAAGAUGUUGAAUUUGAGAAAAACUAAAAACUCAUCAAUAGAAUCUACAAUGAGUUUGCCUAAUCAGAAGUCUUUGGAGAAGAAGCACGGCGGCCUGAGACAUCAGAAGGCUGUCGUGGUGCAAGCUCAUUCCGACAUAACUUUAAGCACUCAGCCUUCGAUGUCAGACGACAGGAAGGCAUUGAGAGAAGCAUUGUACCAGGGUAUCUUUCACAGGCACAGGAGGACGAUCUUUGCGGUAGGUUCGUUCCUCAGGAUGCUGAGGAGCAAAACGUCCAACUAUGAUUCUAUAAGGUCGGACUCCGAUGAGAUAUAG